CUCAUGGAGCCGUUCAAGUUCCUCAAUCUCCUCUAUCAUGUACGAUGCUGAUUUUCCUCUUCCAAUAUAAGAAAAUAAAAUAGAAAAAGUAACGUUCAAAUUUGUUCCACACAAUUUCUCUCACGCUUAAAAUAAUGCUGGAGGAGCGUACAAAUGCACAAAUCUCCAUAGAAAAUGGGUCCUAAUACCUAUGAUUUCCCGUCGCUAAAUUUGGAGAGCCUAAGGAACUUCAAUUUCCAAUCCACUUAUAAUUAGAAAAGCAAUAUGGAGAUAGGCAGGGGCUUGCUGUCCUUCAAAACUAAUUAAACCAUAUUUUGAACAUUUGGUUGGACAGAAGAAACUCUAUUCCCCAGAAAGCAUUGGUUGCUGGUUUGCCGUCUGUUUACAGAGAUUUUUACAGUAAAUUCGCAGACUUUGUUGCUGGAAAACUGAAGUGGCAAAACCAGAUUUUAACAAGAUGGGACGCCCUCCACCUCAGGGCGGAUCUCAAUAUUUCCGUUUUACACAGAAUGAGACUGAACAGAUGGAAAAAGUCUUAGAAGAACUCAAGGGUGCAUCUCCUAAGGAUGUGGUGGAAUCCCUUGUCAAAAAGUUCAAUGCUACACCAGAGCGAGCUGGAAAAGUUCUUGUACAAACAAAGCAGAUACUGCGCUGGUUCAGCAACAAGCGCCAGCGGUGUAAAGGCAAAUGUACAAUGGUAUCAACUACAUCAAAUACAGAACCCUUGCCUCUUAAUGACCAUCCUGCAAAGAGUGCCAUUGCAAACUCCGAUGAAGUUCCUUCAGGAAGGCAACCACUAGAUAGUUCAGAGCUGGAAUUUGAAGCGAAAUCUUCGAAGGAUGGAGCAUGGUACGAUGUUGCUACCUUUCUUACACAUAGAAUAUUGGAGUCAGGUGAACCUGAAGUCCGUGUGAGAUUUGCUGGUUUUGGGGCAGAGGAAGACGAAUGGGUCAAUGUGAGAAAGGCUGUCCGCCAGCGAUCUAUUCCAUGUGAAGCAUCUGACUGUGUUUCUAUUAGGCCAGGAGACACUGUACUUUGUUUUCGGGAAGGAAUAGAGCAAGCAAUCUACUUUGAUGCUUGUGUCAUUGAUGUCCAGAGAAAGCGGCAUGAUGUGAGGGGUUGUCGUUGCAGAUUUUUAAUUCGGUAUGACCAUGAUAAAAUAGAGGAAAGGGUGCCCUUGCGAAGAGUUUAUCGGCGACCAGAAGUUUGAGUUAAACUGUUGCAAUGCAAAAGUCGAAGUCAAUUAUUGUAUGCUUUUGAGAAAAUACAUUUGGAGUAAGUUGGUGAUAUUAUGUGUUCUGUAUCGUCUACCAUAUAAUUGUGAAAGUGGGGUUUUUUCUAGAAACUUGCAUGAAGUAUCAUCCAGGAUUUGUCAAUAUCCAGGCACAUUAUUGUGCACUUGUACGAACAAAAAUAUAAAUGAGUUUCAUGGACAAUUUCAGGUUUUAAAAUGUUUAA